GCAAAUUAGAAUAAGACCAUUACAUUAUUGUAAAGGAUGUUCUAGAAAGAGGAACAAAAUAGUGAUGAGUUUUAUAUUAAAUUUUCUUAGUUUGAUAGAUUCUAUGGCAUGUUGUCUUGAUUGGGGGUAAAUUGAUUUGAAGUACCAUUCCAGUUUUAUUUAAAAAUGGACUAUCACUGUUUUUGCUAAUCUGUUGUAGACCCUAAAAUUAAAUUAAGCUUGAA